GGAUCAAAUCAGCAUAGUCGGCAUUGUUGCGCCCUUAGCUCCCUCACGGCGGUACCAUCAGUCAACUCCUCUUCCACACGGUUGUCGUCCUCGUUAAGGAUUUUAAGAUGCCCAAGAAAGCUCGCUUCAAGAAAAACGCAAGAGUGUCGCCACCGCGUCAGCAGCCUAUAGCUGCACCUCCUGUGUCUCCACCAUCCGAUGACGAUGACUGGCUCAUCCCUCCACCCCCCAAUAAUGGUGGUGUCUCUAGUGGGGCUAUUCUGCAACCCUUUCGUCCACCCAGGAGCGAACCAAGACCUGUGUCACAUGCCGCUAGUGGUUCACAAGUGACGGAACCGUGCAAUGAAGACAUUGACCCAGAGGCGCAAGAGGUAGAUUCGUUUGAGGAACACAUUGAAAGGAUUUUAGAGAAUUCUGAUGCUGAAAAGCGCAAAGGACGAAAGACCACUGAGUUUUGGAAUGUUGAUCUCAUUGAUUCUGAAGGAAUUGUCAAGCCAGCUAAAAUGAGUGUGAGAGAGGCUAUGGAGCAGUCUCUUAAUGGUAGCAAGAUCAUAUUGAGGUUCAAUGAAGAACUGCAAGCAGUCGGAGAUAGAGCUGGCCUGUUGAGUGGCAUUCUAGGAGCGCUGGGUUCUGAUUACAGCAAAUUUCCUAUCUGUGAAAAGAGUUGGGCAAAGGUCUAGGGCAAAGAUAGGGUUUAUGAUGAUUGCAUAAAGGAGAUGUUCCACUUUCAGGAUAGUAGUGGUAUAAUCAAGAAAACACUUUUACAGCAAAUGGGAAAGUCCUGGAAGGACACAAGGGGGAGGCUAUAUAACUCCCAUUACAAACCAUUAUGGACACUUGAGCAGAAUCUUGAGAAGCGCCCGGAGGGAAUUCCUAGAGAGCACUGGAAGUGGUACAUUGACUAUCGUAAUGAUC